CUGUAGAAAGAAAGUGAGGAACAUUAGUUUUCGUUUUUGAUUAAAUAUGAUUUGUAGAUCAAUUCCUCUUGCUUAAAAUGCAUAGAUUAUGCGUCACUAGCACAUAACAGAGGAAAGGAAGUGAAAGGGGUCGGUCCAUUGGAGUUGUUCAUUAUAUUAUUGUAACGUUAUUCUGAAGCAUUAAUAUUUAACAUCAUUUGUCCAUGGCGCAUAUUCGAAUUAAAGAAGGGCUCUCUGUGACUGCAUCGACAAUAACGGAAGAAAGCUGGAAAAGCACAUUUAAAUCGUCAGAUAAGAAACUAGAAUUAGAGCUAGAUCCAAAUGUGCCUUUGGUCAGAUUUGUGUUAUGAGCUUUUAACUGAUCCCUGUAUUUUAAAAACCAUUCAUUCUGACUUUGGAUUACAAGAAUUAUUAGAUGUUGUGAUGGACAUAUUAGUGGAUAGCGUGUGAGGAGGUUUGGAUGAGUAAAGAGGGAAAGACUCCUUUGCCUGCAGUGGGAGGGCUGACGAGCAGGCAGCGUGACAUCAGAGGACCCACGUCUGGACGUGACACCGAAGGACUGCUGGCUAUGGGAGCAGCAAUGGGACCGUUACUGCUUUGGCUCCAGGAUGUGGCAGCAGUAACUCUGCUGAGAGCUCGCAGGACGCUUCUUAGGGCUGCCAUCCUGUUCUGUGUCCUGGUGCUUCUUCUGUGGGUCUCCAUCUUCCUGUAUGGAAGCUUCUACUAUUCCUACAUGCCCAGUGUCAGCUUCUCCACACCAGUACACUUCUAUUACAGGACAGAUUGCGAUGCUUCAGAUUCAGUCCUCUGUUCUUUCCCCAUGGCUAAUGUCUCACUCUUGAAGAAUGGAAGAAACCAGGUGAUGAUGCCUGGUCAGGCCUACAGGAUCUCUCUGGAGCUGGAAAUGCCUGAAUCUUCAGUUAACGCACAGCUUGGCAUGUUCAUGGUUAAAAUGUCUUGCUAUACCACUGAUGGGACCGUCGUUCAGUCGGUGUCCCGCUCUACAAUGCUGCACUACCGUUCUAACCUGCUGCAGACCAUGAGCACGCUGCUGUUCUCACCCCUCCUGCUCACAGGUGUGUCUGAGCAGAAACAGCUCAUCGAGGUGGAGCUCUUUCCAGAUUUCAAAUCCGACCUAUACCAGCCUGCUGUUGGCGCUGUGAUUGAGAUUCAGUCCCGCAGGGUCCAGAUUUAUUCUACCCAGCUCAGGAUCCAUGCCUUCUUCACUGGCAUUAGAUACCUCCUGCAUAAUUUCCCUGUGAUGUCUGCAAUUGUUGGGGUGGCCAGUAACUUCACCUUCCUCAGUGUCAUUGUGCUUUUCAGUUACUUGCAGUUCAUCUGGGGAGGGCUCUAUCCCCCCGAGCAGGUCAGAGUGAAGGUGAUGAUGGGAGACUCGACGCGUCUUCAGCAGAGGAGGGAAGAAGCACGGAAACGUAUGCACUCAUCUGCCAGCACUCCUAUCAUGAAGUAUGGAGGAGAUAACAGUGAACUGGCAGAUCCACCACAACGAACCAGUCGAAACAAAGGUGAGUUAGACACUCCUAGUGCGAUUGGGACAGAGGAUCACCUGCAGGAGGAUGAAGCUGCUCAGGAUUCCUCUAUAGAUGAAGGUCCCAUUUUCCUUAAGGCUUCUCAUAUUGCAGACACCAGUUUGAGUGAGGAGGACCCUGAUCAUGAGCAGAGGGCAGCAGGAAUGGGAAAUGGGACUCAAGAUGAAGAAACCACCCAAGCGCAGUCCUCAGACUGCGAGGCAAGGCUUAGACAAAGGCAUGGACCCUGGAUGAGGCUCUGAGCUUAAAACACUGAAGCCACCAUAAACGCACAUGAAUUCUGUUACAUUAGAGCACAUUAUAUGACUCAUAGCUAGCAUAUUUGAAACAUUCCUUUUGCAAUGCAAUGAGAAUUACCUUAAGAAUUUUUCAGAUGCAUCUGGAAACUUUACCUCGUAGAGCUGAUAUCCAGCUAAAGAGAAAUUCCUGCUCUGCUGCUUUUGUUCUCCUUUAGCUGAUUACUUACUAUAGGACUUAAAAGUCCUGCUAUGCUUUAAUCUGGUCCGUGGUUCUGUUACAAUAUCAGUUUUGCAUGUAAACUGUAACUAAGUGUGUAAAAUGUGUCAACACUUCCAUUUCUUUCAAAUGUGUUCCUCUGCAUUGUGAUGUUCUCACAAUCUUUAAAAUGGCUAAGCAGUUCCACUCAACUUCUAGAGAUAUUAAAUUAUUAUUUUUAAUUAGUUCCAGUUAUUCGAAAGCCGAAAAUGCAAAACAAUUUUUAAUUUGUUUGAGAGAAGCACGUUACAUAUUAUGAAAAAUAAUUAGAGGACAUUUAAGUAUCAUUGAUAUGGGGAAAAACAAAUGUUACUAGUAUUAUUAUAAAUAUUUAUAAUAAUUACUAUUAUUACUGCUACUGUAUACAAAAAUACUCAUGGAAUGUUAAUCCUAAUAUGAAAAGAUAUGGUGUUUUUGUUUUUUAUAUUUAUUAAAUUAAAUUAUAUUAGUGGUUCAUGCGUAUUUGUCCGCUGUAACCAAAGAUUUACUAGUAUAUCCGCUAUAUUCGUUGCAUAGAGAUUUUGAUCAUAUCAGUGAAUUAUUAUGAAAGGAAGAGUUUGCAAAUUUUCAUUUUCCUUCUCCUUCAUAUGUUUUUUUUAAUGCUUUUUUGUUUAUUGAAUAAAUCAGACAUUAAAGUAAAAUGCUCAGUCA